UACUCCUCAGGCCAUAUUCCCAAAGCUUGGAUUAGCACUGCUAUGGACCUUCAGAUAGAUGAGCAAUUUCAUAGGCCACUUGACACUGUGAGUGGCCUCUUGAAUCUUUCAUUACUUUACCAUGUCUGGCUGUGUGGUGUCUUUCUCCUGGUGACAUGGUACAUCUCAUGGAUACUCUUCAAAAUCUUUGCCACGGAGGUUAGUGCUGUGUUUUAUUUGGCCUUGCAGGACCUGAUGUUGCUUUCUCAGUAUUCUCCUUCAAGAAGACAAGAAGUUUUUAGCCUUAGCCAACCAGGUGGACACCCCCACAACUGGACUGCCAUUUCAAGGGAAUGUUUAAAUCUUUUAAAUGAUAUGACUCAGAAACUGGUUCUCUACCAAGAAACUGCUGCUACAAAUGGGAGAGUAAUGUCUUCAUCUUGUCCAUUAGAACCUAAGAAGUUAAAUUCUCAAGAAGAAACUACUUUUCACACCCCUAAAUCUAGCCAGAUGCCUCGGCCUUCAGUGCCACCAUUAGUUAAGACAUCACUGUUUUCCUCAAAAGUAUCUACGCCAGAUGUUACAAAUCCCCUGGGAACUUCUUUUGGCUCUAGUGUAGUGAAUCGGAUGGCUGGAAUUUUUGAUGUAAACACCUGCUAUGGAUCACCUCAAAGUCCUCAACUAAUGAGAAGAGGGCCGAGAUUAUGGACUUCUGCCUCUGAUCAGCAAGUGACUGAACUUUCUAAUCCUGCAUCUACCACUAUUAGUGCUGAGAUUAAGACAGUGAAACAACCAAGUGUGAUUUAUUCAUGGAUUCAGAAUAAACGUGAACAG